AUGGGCUUGUGGAAUAUUGCGUGUCAACAACGAUGGCUAUCUAAGCACUGCUGUAACGUGCUCAAGUCUUCUUGGGGAAAGCAAGUGAUUUGCCCUCAAUUUGCCCUUUACCAUGUCGCAAGUAAACCUCUGUGUUCCAAGGACUGCGCCAUACCACCUGUGCCAAAACGUAAUGAUGUGUGUAGCAAGAAGAUUGUAUCCAAUGGGUCGCAGGGCCAAAUGCGGUCUGAGGGUAAAUAUCAACAGCAUCGUACCCAAAGUGAAGCUCUAAAGAAUGGUAAGCCAUUUGAGCGAAGACCUCAAGAAGAUUGCAGAGCACAAGAUCUUCAUAAGUUAAGUUUUGAAGACUUUACUGCCUAUUCGGAAAAGCCUGUACGUGGGAAAGUAACAAGAGAUGCCAAGGAAGAAAGAAACUAUGAUGUCGUUUUUGGUAUUUCUCCAUGUCUCUUGGCAUUAACCAUUGGAAGAAGAAAGCCCUUCCGACUUUUAGUGAAAGAGGGCGACGUUUCUCGCAGGACCUCUGUCAUAAAGGUUUGUGAGGAGGCUCACAGACGAGGAGUGCAGAUCAAACGAGUAACUAAAAAGCAUCUGGACCGGAUUUCUACUGGGCGUGUUCAUCAAGGAGUAUGUCUUCAGGCCAGUCCACUGAGUUUUCUUACAGAGGAGACGGCCUUCCCAUCGGUCAAAAUAAGUGAUAUUUUACCACUUUGGCUUGUGCUGGAUGGAAUUCAAGAUCCCAUGAACUUUGGAGCAAUUCUGCGCUCAGCCUAUUUCCUUGGUGUAGACAGAGUGGUCACCGGUCUUCACAAUAGCUGCCCAUUGACACCAGUAGUGAGCAAGGCUAGUUCAGGUGCAAUGGAAGUCAUGGACAUUUAUUGCUAUGAAAGCCUUGUGAAAAUGCUGGAGUUGAAAGUAUCACAGGGUUGGCAUGUGGUUGGCACCAUGGGAGCUCUAACAGAGGAGUGUUCCACUGUGGUUACUCGCUGCUCGGAUUUCCAGAUUACCAAACCUACAUUGUUGUUAAUGGGUGGAGAGGGGGAGGGUAUGUCACAAAAAUUGUUGUCUCAUUGUCAAACCAUCCUUACCAUCCCACCUUUUAGGCAACUGAUCCCGGGUAUAGAGUCUCUGAAUGUGUCCGUAGCAACGGGCAUUCUGCUGCACUCGCUGCUGUCACACAGGACUCUCGGGAGUGGGUCAUGA